AUGCCUCCCUUACCUGGUGAAGAUCGUAUGCUAACAGUCUAUGCGGAUGUCCAUUACUACUUCACUGCGCCAACGCCGAAACCGCUCCACCACCGAUUCGAUAAAGGAUCCUAUCUCUAUAUCUACCACGACCCCUCGCGGGGCAAGGCGAGGAUAGAAAUUGCAAAUAACCCGGGUACCCCUGAUCAGGAUGCUUUCCAUGGAGCGUUGGAUCAUGUCCAUUUGCGGCACUCAACCAGAUUUCCAACCCUGUGUACCCUGACGGUCGAUGGGCACGCUCAAGACUCGCCGGUGUCCUCACACAGCCAGACCUCUGGAGAUCAGGCCCAAUGGCUCUUACCCAGUGCGGAUCCUCGUGAUGAGGGUCAACGUCUGCUCCGUCUGCAUACUCUAGACAUCUACUUCUGGACCUUGGAGGAUGCGAACCUGUUCCUUGAUUCUGUUGAACGGGUGCUCUCGCGGUCUCAGAUCGAGACUGAUCGCCAUCCCCAACAACCGACCGAAGCGGCAGUGAGCACGGUGGUGCAGAAGCUGGAGAACGUUGCAAUCACAGACCCGGCUUAUCAGAAUGGUCAGACGCGAGAUUCUCGGUCUGAUUCUCUCUCAGCGUCCCAGCCGACUCCGCAGUCUGCGUCGACCCUGACGACAAACCCCGGUAGCCAUGACGCAGUUUCCAAGGGAUCAGAGUCGACGACAAAUUAUACCCCCCUGGCCUACAACCCGGCCGCCCCGGCUGCUCCAGAACCGAUCAAACAUCGGGAAAAGACACCUCCGCCAGCAGACGGUGCCGAGGGAACUGGACUUGCUGCGGCUGCUGCGGCGGAUCAAGGCCAUUAUUAUGCCCAUUCGCAGGCUCCAGGUAGUUUUGCGCCAUCCGUAGGACAAACACCUGGAUACGCAGUUCCUGGGACAUCCCAGUCUGGCUACAUGUCCCCGCCACCGAGUGCAGGGUUGGGCCCUGGAGUGUCCCUGAACCAUGGUCACACUGGAGCCCCAUCUUUUGCUGCCCCAGCCACUUUGAGCAAUGCCUCAACUCAACCUGGAGCGAUGUCGUUUGCACCACCGCCCCAGGACCCCAAUGCACAUCUCUAUGGACAACAGUCCUAUGGGACUCCACUUGCGCAUCACCAGUACCCUCAGUAUGCAAACUACUUACCGAGUCACGCAGGAGGUCACGGCCCUAUUGGGGGAUAUUCGAAUUACUCUUACAGCCAGCCAGUGCAGCAACAUCAUGACCCCUCAGGAAGCGAAUACGAUAUCCACAGACAGGUUUACCGGCCCACUGAGGCAGAGGCGAUGAGUCAUGCGCAGAAACAUGCGAAGCAAGCCAUGAAGAAUCCGAACUCGCGGCACCACCGGCUGGAAGAUAGCGCAGCUCGGGUAGAAAAUAAGGUUAACGGGUUGCUUAAGAAGCUUGAGAAGAAAAUUGGAUAG